GCGCCCCUUCCUCGCGGCCGCGGACGCCCCCCCGGUCCCCCAUUUCUCGGGUGUCGCGCAAAGCUCCGCCGCUGCCCCGGUGGCCGCUGCCCGGUCCUCUCUGUCCCCACGACGCGUUGCGGGCUGUUGUGAGGCCCCGCCCCCGCGGCCCUAGACGCCCCCCGGCCGGCCGGCCUCCUUCCCCGCCCGGAGCCGCGCGCCAGGACGGCUGAGGCCGCAGGAGUGGUUGGAAGAACAAUGCAUGUAUGUCUUUGACACCAUGAUAUCCAUCAGGCAAAGAAAAGGAGUGAAAACCACAGAAGUUUCUGAGGAUUAUGCAGCACAAGAAGCAAAUGUGAAGUUGGGAAAUAAAUUGCCAUCUGGUUAUACCACUAGAAGGUUGUGGAAGCUUCUGUCAUUCGCAGUUGGUGGAACCAUUGCCCUUUGCAUCGGACUUCUAACAUCUGUCUACCUGGCCACUUUACAUGAGAACGAUUUGUGGUUUUCUAAUAUUAAGGAAGUGGAGCGAGAAAUCUCAUUCAGAACAGAAUGUGGGCUGUAUUACUCCUACUACAAGCAAAUGCUACAGGCUCCAACCCUCAUGCAAGGUUUUCAUGGCUUAAUAUAUGAUAACAAAACUGAGUCUAUGAGGACAAUUAACCUUCUUCAACGAAUGAAUAUUUACCAAGAAGUUUUUCUCAGUAUUUUAUAUAGAGUCCUACCAAUACAGAAAUAUUUAGAGCCAGUUUAUUUUUAUAUUUACACCUUGUUUGGACUGCAGGCGAUCUAUGUCACGGCCCUGUACACAACCAGCUGGCUCCUUAGUGGGACAUGGCUGUCGGGGCUUCUAGCAGCGUUCUGGUACAUCACCAAUAGAAUAGAUACCACAAGAGUCGAGUUUACCAUCCCGCUGAGGGAGAAUUGGGCUCUGCCAUUCUUUGCAAUUCAGAUAGCAGCAAUCACGUAUUUCCUGCGACCAAACUUACAGCCUCUCUCUGAGAGGCUGACCCUUCUUGCCAUUUUCAUAUCAACUUUUCUCUUUAGUCUGACAUGGCAAUUUAAUCAAUUUAUGAUGCUGAUGCAGGCAUUAGUGCUGUUCACGCUGGACUCCUUGGACAUGCUGCCGGCCGUGAAGGCGACGUGGCUGUAUGGCAUCCAGAUGACAGGCUUGCUCCUGGUCUGCAUCCUCCAGUUUUUUAAUUCUAUGAUUCUCGGAUCGCUGCUUAUCAGUUUCAACCUUUCAGUAUUAAUUGCAAGAAAACUUCAGAAAAAUCUGAAGACUGGAAACUUCCUAAAUAGGCUUGGGAAACUGUUGUUACAUUUAUUUGCAGUUUUAUGUUUGACACUUUUCCUCAACAACAUUAUUAAGAAAAUUCUUAAUCUGAAGUCAGACGAACACAUAUUUAAGUUUCUGAAGGCAAAAUUUGGGUUUGGAGCAACAAGAGAUUUUGAUGCAAAUCUGUACCUGUGUGAAGAAGCGUUUGGCCUCUUACCUUUUAAUACAUUCGGAAGGCUUUCAGAUACUCUCCUCUUUUAUGCUUACAUAUUUGUUCUGUCCAUCACAGUGAUGGCAGCCUUAGCUGUCGCCUUCCAUAAUCUCAGUGAUUCUACAAGCCAACAACCCCCGGGUCAGAUGGCGAAGUGCACGAUCCUCCUGAAACCAGAAACGGCUUACAACCUAAUACAUACCAUUCUGUUUGGAUUCUUGGCAUUGAGUACAAUGAGAAUGAAGUACCUCUGGACGUCGCACAUGUGUGUGUUCGCGUCGUUCGGCUUAUGCAGCCCCGAGAUAUGGGAGUUACUCCUGAGGUCGAUCCGUCUUUAUAACCCAAAGAGGAUAUGUAUAAUGCGAUAUUCAGUACCGAUAUUAAUACUGCUGUAUCUGUGCUACAAGUUCUGGCCAGGAAUGAUGGAUGAACUCUCCGAGUUGAGAGAAUUCUAUGAUCCAGACACAGUGGAGCUGAUGAACUGGAUUAACUCUAACACUCCCCGGAAGGCCGUGUUUGCUGGGAGCAUGCAGCUGCUGGCGGGAGUCAAGCUGUGCACCGGAAGGACCCUGACCAACCACCCGCACUACGAAGACAACAGCCUGAGGGAGCGGACCAAAGCGGUUUAUCAGAUUUAUGCGAAGAGGUCCCCGGAGGACGUGCAUGCCCUCCUGAGGUCCUUUGGCACUGACUACGUCAUUCUGGAAGACAGCAUCUGCUACGAGCGAAGGCAUCAGCGGGGCUGCCGGCUGCGGGACCUGCUGGACAUCGCCAACGGGCAUAUGAUGGAUGGCCCAGGAGAGAACGAUCCUGAUUUGAAACUUGCAGGUCACCCUCGCUUCUGUGAAGAGAUAAAGAGGAACCUGCCGCCCUACACAGCAUACUUCACCAGAGUGUUCCAGAACAAAACAUUCCACGUUUACAAGCUAUCGAGAAACAAGUAACCAAGCUCUCUGUUCCGCCUCUAUUUUUGAUAUGUGAAAGUCCAUCCUAAUGAAACUCAGCAGUAACAUUUCAUAUGUCGUUAGAUAGCCUGUAGCCUGUACCACAAAGCUGUGAUAUGAGUAAGUUGUAGAGAUGUUUACACAAGCGUUACCGUCCUUGAAAGUUACUUACACAAGCUUCUUUCUUUUUUAUCUUGUUUCAUUAAUGUUCUUUAGCCUAAACGUUCUCAGCUUCCUAGGAGUGGUCUAGAAUCUCAUUGCUAGGGAGAACACUAAGUGGGCCGCGGUGGCCUGAACAGCCACACAUCAUGGUAGAAAUCCAGAAGCUGUUCAGGAUUGAAAUACUGUUAAUUGACUUCAGACAGUUAGGGUACAAUUGAAUUAAGGGGAUGCAUAAUUAAAUUCUUUAGUGUUGUUUCACUAGUGAAGACCAAUGGAUGGCUUUUUAAAAAGCUCCUUAUCGUCCUAUUUCACCUAAAAAUUUUAUAAUGUUUUCCAACUGUCAUGCUUUUAAUAUUUUUUUUAAAUCAUGUUAGGUCUUUGUAUAUAUCUAAAACUUUUCGUCGUGCACUGUCUGAAAUGUAAAGUUUAGCGCUUCAGUAUAUGUGGUGUGUGUGUGUGUGUGUGUGUGUGUGUGUGUGUGUGUGUGUACGUACGUGCAUGCGGGUGCAUGUUUUAAUGCUGGAUAUAGAAAAGUGUGACAAAUUCCUUAUUGUAAGUCAUGAAAGGAGCAGAAAUGUGAUGUAGCCAUGCAGGUUUUGUUACUGUUUAGUGUUAUUUUAAAAUCUAUUGAUACUAUCCAGCCUAUCCUGCAAGUAAGAAAAUUUUUCUUCAUUUCUUACUCAUUUAAAUUUACUGGGUUUGCAAUAUUUUCUAAACUUUUUGUUUUUAGCCUUUGUAUUUUUUACAGCCUAGAACCUUGCAAAGUCUGAAUAUUUUUAAAAUGUUCUAUCUUACUAAUUCACUAAUACAGUAUUUUUAGCAGAGAGCAUUUUCAUACCAAUUUGAUUUGUGGUCUCCAAUCUUACUGUGAGGACCUGGGUAGUGUUACUCCUUUUCUUACUAAAAGGUAACCAAGUGCCUCUAAGUCAUGCUUAUUUGUAAACAAGAAAGAGGAUCAUGUAUACCUGUUCAAAAAUUUUUUGAUAAUUGCUUUUAUAAUUAAUUUCUAAUGAGGGGGACAUGUAAAAGUUGCUGAUAAAAGCAUACUGCACGUUUAAUUAAA